AUGGCCGUACUCUCUGCUUCUGCUUCCCUCGUGCGCUGGCGCUUCGCGGACGCUUCCGCCUCCUGCGUGUGUCAUUUCCUCAUGAGCCAUGCCGCCCCGUCCUGGACCUUGCUGUACCACACCUCCGGGUCCUUGGCGCUCUCUUUCCAUUUCCCCCCUUCCUUUUCGUCUCCCAUGUUGAAGGCCACGAGGUCCUCUCCUAGACGAGACACCCAGUCGCUCUCCUGCCCGCCCCGUUGUGUGCUUCGCUGGAGUUGUUGCCUGGAGGUGCUGUCGGCGGUGUUCUACGCGUUCGAAGAGGCCCCGGGGAAGGGGGUCUGCGUCGCGGAGAUCGUGGGCGGCCUCAGCCUGCUUUGCGCGGGCAACAAGAGCUCCAAGCUCGCGUUCGCCUUUCACCUUUUCGCGGUCCACACGGACGAGGGUGGCUGCCUCACGCCGAAGCUUCUGGGAAACUUCCUCGGGUCCUUCGCGACGGUACUGUGCGCGUGCACGGAGGAAGGGAUGGAGAUGGCGCCGGAGAUGCUCCGCAGCGUCAUCUCGACAGCCUCGGAGACGGCUGUGACAAGCUUACUGGACACCCUCGAUGCCGCAACGGAGGCGGAGAUAUCGUUCGAGGACGUGGGGAACUGGUAUAACACGGGCGGUUUCGAAGUGAUUCCGUGGCUGGAGCUGUUGGAUCUGCGAAAGUGGGCGGCCACGACCGGCUUGGAAGGACCCUCGGCCCCAGCGUUGGACAAGAGCGGCGACGAUGAGACGCAGGCUGCAGCUGCGGUAAGGGUUGUCAUGUCGCCGUCCUUUAUUGUUGUGGGCGGUAUGCUGGAGUUGGCGAAGCGGGAGGGGUGGGGGGGGGCGAUGGAAGACAACGUGGCGUUCCAGUUUAGCUUGGGGCCUGCCAAGACCGCGGUAGUGCUGACCAUCACAGAAGAGGAUGUAUCGAACGUGCUGGAGCUGGCGCAGGGGACCGGUCUCGCCAACAAGGACCCCGCAGACGUUGCCGCCGCUCUCCUGGCCACCUCCGAGAGCACCAAGGCCAAGAAGGUCAACAAGGCGGCCGGCGGAGGAGGCGUGGCGCGGCGGGGGAUGCUGUCGAAGAACGCGUUCGACCACUGCAUCCGAGGCCUCGUGCCGGGGAGGCGGCUUAGCCAGGGGCAGAAGCAGAGGUUCUCGGGACUGCUGUCGGCGGCCUUCUACGCCUUCGACUUUGACGGAAGCGCGUCGGCGGAUGCGAGAGACCUGGCGAGCGGUUUCUUCCUGCUGUGCUCGGGCAACAAGAGCGUCAAGCUAGCGAGCGCGUUUCGGCUGCUGGACGAGGAUGGCGACGACCAGCUAUCCAGGGAGGGAGUCUGGCGGUUUUUGAGAUCACUCCUAUCGAUCCUGAUGGGGUUCAGCGGCGCGUGCCAGGCGAAGUCUCAGGCGAAGGUCGUGGAGGAUGUCGACUCCAUCGCCGCGUGGACGAGCAACCUCAUAUUUCAGAGCCCUAAGCUGGUGAUGCGGGCCUCUCUCUCGUUCGACGAACUCGCGGCGUGGUAUACCCACGAGGGGUACAAGGUGGCCCCGUGGUUGGAGCUGCUGGAUCUCAACAAGUGGGCUGUCGGUGCAAUGGGGAACGCCCCAGGGGGCGGGCGAGGCGGUGGCAACGGCCCCCAGAUGCGGCAGCACGUGCAGCCGAAGACCAUGGUGCCCCCGGGGAAGCCUCUCAUUGCGGAGCCGAAGCCCCCGACCCCGGCGGCGGCGGCGGCGGCGGUGGCGGCGGAGCGGGGAGACAACAACGGCAGCGGACGGGUGGGGGCGGGAGGCGGCGGCGGGGCCCCCGCGGCGGUGAACUCCUCCUCUGCGGCGGGGCGGAACGUCGGGAGCGCGGGCGCGGCGGCGGCGGCGCAGGCGGCCGGAGGCGGCGGCGGCGAGGCGGCAACCGGGCAGUCGGCCCUUACCGCCUACGGGGAGGCAGCGGGCACCAAAGGAGCGGCGGGGGCGGCGGCGGCGGCGGCAGCGGCGGCAGCGGCGGCAGCGGCGGCGGCGUGCAUGAAGGAGAGCAACGGCUUGAACGAGCGGCCCGCGGGGGGGGAGAGCGCGGGGGAUUUCGACGGGGGUUCUAACCCCACGAGCCAGGUGCUGUUCACGUUCCCGCUCGUGCCGGACGUGGAGCUGCUUGUGAUGCAGGAGGACGUGGACUUCGUCCAGAGGAUUGUCGUGGGAACGCGGCUGGCGGCGCUGCUGCCGCAGGACAUCCUGGAGACGUUUCGAGAUAAGGCCACGUCCGGACCGAGGGGGAAGGAAGUGACGAAGGAAGCAUUCGACACGGGGAUGCAGGAACUGGUCCGGCUGCAGAGCAUGCUCGAGGACGAGCGUGACCUGCUGUCGUUUGCGCUGGCGAAUAUCUUCUUCGCCUACGAUCGGAUGCAAGAGGGCAGGGUGUUACUCAGGGACCUGGCGUGCGGCUUGUCCUUCCUGUGCUGCGGAUCAAAGUCGUCGAAGCUGGCGUUUGCCUAUUCGCUCUUCGGGGGUGGCGGUCGAUCACCACAGGAGGGAGGAGCAGAAGGGAGACAGGAGCGCGCCACCAUUAUAGCCGGGACUGGGCCAUCGGCGGACUGGGGGGGAGGGGCCGGGUGGGGUGAGGGCGAACUUGACGCGGAGGGAGUUGUUUCUAGAGAGGCCAUUGGAGCGUUCGUUUCGGGUCUGUUGACCGUGCUGUGCUCUUGCGUGGGCCAGAUGUUGGAGCUAACCAACAGAGAGAUGUGGGCCAUUGUGGACCGGUCUUCGGAGUUCACUCUGGAGGCGUUGUUUGAGGACCCCGAAUCUGUCUACAAAGGGAGGACAAACCUUACGUUCGAGGAGUUCGGGCUUUGGUACAACGAGGGGGGAUUCAGGAGCGUCCCCUGGAUGGAGCUGGUAGAUUUAUCCAAGUGGGUCCCAGGGGUGGGUGCGCUCAGACCAGUUAUGGAGGGGCCGCUGGGCAACAACGGUGCGGAGAUGGACAAGAAGCCGCGGUUCUGUUUCCAGAUCUCUGAGUCCGCUAACCCGGUGCACCUGGUGAUUUCUGACGACGACGCGACGGCUGUGCUGGAUCUCGUCAACAAGACGGGGCUGUGCAACCGGGAGCCUGCAGACGUGUGCGGCACUCUUGUGUCCGUGGCGAAAGACGGGGUGCUGAGCAAGGCCGCAUUCGACAAGUGCAUCCGGGGGAUGGUGCCGGCCUCGCUGCUGGACACGGAGGAAAAGACCUCCUUCUCGGUGCUGCUGAGCAGCAUCUUCUUCAGCUUCGACCGGGACAACACUUCUUCUGCCGACGCGAUUGAGUUGGCGUCCGGAUUCUCGCUCCUGUGCGCGGGGUCUAAGUCGGCCAAGCUCGCGUUCGCGUUCGGGCUCCACGACGAGGACGGCGACGAGAGGCUCACUCGACGGGGGCUCUGGCGCUACACCCGCUCCUUCCUCACCGCCCUCAUGGCCCUGAGCUUCGCGUCGUCCAGCCUGUCCGCCGAGGAGCUGACGAGGGCGGUCGACGACGGGGCGGUCUGGACGAGCGCGGCCAUCUUCGCGGAGACGGCGACGCAGACCCCUAACCGGAUCGGCUUCGACGAGUUCGCCGCCUGGUACACGGAGGGAGGGUUCCGCGUCAGCCCGUGGCUCGAGCUCCUCGACAUAGGAAAGUGGGUGGCUCCGUCGAACGCUUUGCCCCCCGCCGCCGCCGCCGCCGCCGCCGCCGCCGCCGCCGCCCGCGCCGCGGGGACAGUGGGCGGUGCAAGCGAGUAGCGGCGAAAUGAUGGGUAACGCUGCAGCAGGAGGCCGGUGCGUGUCGGGAGGAGGAAGCCGCUGGGGGACCUAUCCAUUGGGCAACGGCCUGGUAGGGGGUCGGCAAGAGGGAGACGAGAGGGGGGGAAGGGGGCAACCUGGCUGGCACUGGCACGGUUUCUGUACGUUCCCUCUCGUCUCGGAUCUCAAAACCUCCUUGCUUGCUAUGCGGGAGGAAGAGAGUAGCGAGUCCGGAUCGAGGUGGGGUGGUGUUUUGAAGAUACUUGGUUUUGUUGAAGUUAGGUGUUUACUGCCCGUCCUCUACUUUGCUCCCUCACCGCGCCUUCCCGCCGAUCCUUGAUUCCGAUGAUUGUCAAUGAUUGUUCCUUGGUGGCGUUAGGAAAGAACGCUCUUGUGUAGCGGCUUCCCCAGGUAUUUGCGUGUCGUGGAGGGUUUGCUCUUGAGGCGGUUACGGGCGGGGGGGGGGGCCUGCGUCUUGAUGGCCCAAGGCCGUUUUGUUGUUUCACACAGCAAGAGGUCCAGGUUGUGCGUCCUCUUGUUCCUUCCCAUAGAGCGUCUGUAAUCGACCCACCAAUCACCGUUGUAGUCAUGCUUAUGUCGAUCGAUCACCCCCUUUUUUCGUUAGCUUUACACUUUUACCACGCCGCCCGGUUGUGUAGUCUUCCCCAGCUUGCCCCCAACAACCCCCCACUCAUGAUGGGGAGAAUGUUGAUCUUGAUAUGUAGUAGAGAUACAUACGGGCAGGUCGCUACUGUGGCUGUUGGCAUUCUAGAGAACCAUUAGGGCCUUCGCCUCCCCCCCCCCACCUCCGCCAUACACACAUAAGAGACCCACUUCGAGUCAUGGCUGACGGAUUUUUUUUUUUUUGUGUGUUGACGCGUCGGCGUGGUCGCAUUGUUCACGUAAAAGUAAAAUCGUGUGUAGGAAAACCACCGCGACUUGCGCAUCAUCAAGGAUCAUGCUUUUUUUAGUCUAAUAGUGUGCCGCGAGGGUUUUCUGGUCGUGUUGGCUAUGCAUACCUCCCCUGAUUGGUGUGGGUAGGCAUGAGGCUGUGGGCAGAUCACUCGCAACAUGUCUUUCGGGUGGCUUCUAAGGAAAAGGUCUCGGUUUGUACGUACAAUGAAGUGGUACGUAUCGACGGGGUGGUUAUCAGUGCUUUGCUGAAAUUGAUUUUGUUCUUGUAUACAGAUACGUGUAUGUAAGAGGAGGCGUGUUGACUUGCUUGAAAAGCCACGCUUUGGUUGGGACUACAAUCAAUCCCAUAUACCCGAAUGAACGCUAGGCUCGGUGUUCGUUUUGUCUCUCGGUCGUGUGGAAGGACGGGCAUCACCACCCCUGAAAAUUUCGGCAGUCAAUCCUUGUUUCCAGGAAAAAAAUUAGUUGUACGACCCUGGGGGCGGGGUGAAUCUCCCCCCCACCUCCCCCCUUCUGUGAAAUGAAGUUUGGUUUUUGAAGGGGCGCGAGGUGCAUGCGGUGAGUUAUCCUUUUCGGUUCGAUUAUUCUUCCACCUGAACGAGUUGGUUUCGUUUUUGGAUUAUACAUGGGUGGUGUACGGGGGGGUAUUCUUGUAAUUGGCGAGAGAGCGGAGGCAGACGGCUCGAAGGGCAGGCGGAAAGAAAGCAGUGCGUGUUGAUCGCUUCGGCGGAAGGAGGUGUGAUGGAUGGAGUACAUUUUAUUGGUUCGGGCCCGAUGGGGGCCUGGCACGGGGGUGAUGUAACAACCCACCCCCAAACCCCAACGUGCGUUUUCAUGUUUUCGGAUUAGACGACGACUAAGUGUUGGCCUUCUCGACCCUCGCAGCCACAACCGAAAAGUGUCCCCUUGCUGAGAUAGAUGCGGUGUGUGUGCAGCAGGAAUACUAUUUAGCUAAUGAUAGCUUACUUUCUAAUGGAAGAAGAAACGGUUUCACAUAAAACACGUAGAAAAGGUUCGGAGGUAACGGAGAGAGAAAAGCUAUUAUAGUAGAAUAGCGCCACACGUGUGCCAGUAGCAACUGCAGAUGGUCUUUUAAGGGGGGGGGGAGGUAUGGCAGUCACCGGAAGAGAGAGGUCGAACCGCAGCAGCAGCGAAAUGCGUCAAGCCGCGUUCACUUGUACGUUAGGGGGCCGGUACCCGCACCGGAUCGGUGCAGACAGGGCAGGUGCCCACCUACUACGGAGCGCGUUGGUGUUGUAGCUUUUGGGGGAGGAAGGCGAGAGAGAGAGAGAGAGAGAGAGAGGGAGAGAGAGAGAGGUGGUCAUUGCUGGAGAAGGGUUUCACGAAGGCUGUUACUGUAUUAUUGUAGUCUUUGGCUGCCUUGCCGGACCGCCAACAGGAGAAGAACUCUGUGAUUUGCAAACUUAUGUGUCUUGCGGAUGCUCUUGACUGUAGACAGCACAGCCACUACAUAUUGAAGCGACGCCCUGAUGGCUGUUGCAUCAACGUUUAACAAACAUGAGAUACGUACAAACGAUGGAUGAUGAGACGCAAGCUUGGAC